UAGUCAUCCUCCUCUGCCAUUUCCUCUGUAAUCUCCCCACCAGUCCUACCACUCAUUCUUCGCAGAGGAAAUUAAUUCAGAGAGCAGCAGAGCCAUCAUUUCUCUUGAUUCUCUCGUCACAAAUGGAGGCGGCAAUGAAGAUGAAGAUGGUGGCAACCGCAAUGUUGGUGAUCAUGAUGAUGUCAGUCUCCGGCAUGAAGGGCGUCGCCGCAGCCGAUGCUCCGGCGCCGGCCCCCGCCUCUGACGCAACCAUCUUCGUGCCUACCUUGUUUGCUUCUAUUGCUGCACUGGCUUUUGGUUUCCUCUUCUGAAUUGAUUAGUCAUUAAUCUUAUCCAGCUUACUUUGUUCAUGCAAGUAGAUUCACUUUACACCAGAUGUGAGCAUGCAGUUACCAGACAGACAGGCAGACGUGCUGCUUCUUUACCUUUGAUUCCUUCCUUCCUUCCUUCAUAUUUUUUCUUGGGUUUAUGGAGUGCUGUUGAUAAAUAGUACUAGUUCUGCUAUUUAUGAUCCCUGCUUUUUCUUUAGUUUGGUUUGAUGUGAAUUUAUUGUGGGAUGGGAUUGGAAUAAUGUUUUAUUUGGAAUUUGAGUUGAUGGAUGGAGCAUAAUAUGAUUUUAUCUUUGUACUCCAUAUUCUUGUUCUUCUUCUUGUUUGUUUUUUUUUUUUUUUUGUACCAUGUAUGUAUUGUACUAUUUACUAUUUAGUGUAAGAAGCAGCAGCAGCAGCAACAGAGGUCUUGGUUUGUUCUACUGCAUUAGUUCA